AUGAAGAAAAUAAGAUGGGCCGAACCACUAUUCUCAAAGUCGCGAGUGAAACGUUACCCAACCCCGGAACCAGAUGCGUCUCUAGAGCGAGUGAAGAGGAUAGACACUCAAGCGGAAAAGAGACAGAAGAGGGAGGUCGACAGGCCUCUGUUCAACGAUGAAUUGUGGGAAGAAGAAUGGUAUUUGCAAGACUCGCUCAACGUACGCUCGCUACACCGCCUAGACCUGAACGUAUUACCCGUGUACGCUAUGGGGUACACCGGCCGCGGUGUCCGCGUGUCCGUGCUCGACGACGGCGUAGAACACAACCACACCGACCUGCGUGACAACUAUGAUCCUGAAAUCAGUUGGGAUUGCAACGACGGCGACCCGGAUCCGUCUCCGCCACAAAAAGAUCUGAGGCGCAAUUCGCAUGGCACCAGGUGUGCAGGAGAAAUAGCGAUGACGGCGAACAACGUGAAAUGCGGUGUGGGCGUGGCCUGGGGGGCGAAAGUGGGCGGAGUGCGGAUGCUCGACGGUCGAAUCACGGACCGCGUUGAGGGAGAGGGAAUAGGUUACGCCUGGGACAAGGUGGAUAUCUACAGCGCGUCUUGGGGCCCUAAUGACGACGGGCGUACCGUGGAAGGACCGGGUCGCCUCGCCAUGCAGGCGUUCAAGCGGGGAAUCACUCAGGGUCGCAGCGGUAAAGGCGUUAUUUACGUUUGGGCCAACGGAAACGGAGGAAUCCACCAGGACAAUUGCAACUGCGAUGGAUAUUCGUCAUCAAUUUACACAGUGUCAAUCGGCAGUGCUAGUCAACAUGGACGGUUCCCCUGGUACGGCGAGGUCUGCUCCUCGACCCUCGCCGUGGCCUACUCAUCAGGCGCCCGCAAGGAUCAGAAGAUUGCGACGACCGACACAAAUGACUCGUGCACCCUGGACCACACAGGCACCUCAGCCGCCGCGCCUCUCGCGGCCGGCAUCAUAGCUCUCGCUUUGGAAGCCAACUCUAAUCUAACUUGGCGAGAUGUUCAACACCUAAUUGCUUGGACUUCAGACUCCAGUACAUUAGCAGGCAACCCCGGUUGGCAAAUCAAUGACGUCGGACUUCGAUUUGACGUUCGAUUUGGCUUCGGUCUGCUCAACGCUGAAGCCCUGGUGUCUAGAGCUCUAAACUGGAUAACGGUUCCUGAGAAACUCACCUGCCACGUACCACCACAAUACAAAAUCAAUCAAAAACUAUCAUCAGGGCAACAAGUGAACGUUUAUUUUGACACCCACGACUGCCCAGUAAACUACGUCGAGCACGUGGAACUCGUUAUUAACAUUCACUACAGCAAGCGCGGGGCGCUUGAGGCUUAUCUGACGUCUGCACGCGGAACGAGGGUACAGCUUUUGAGCGCCCGACCAGAAGAUAACUCCAACGCUGCAUUCUCGAACUGGCCUCUCAUGUCAGUAGCCACGUGGGGAGAGAAUCCUAAAGGCGUGUGGAACGCAGUGAUAUUAGAUGAUACUGACGAAGCUAAUGUAGGAGAAGUCGGAGAAACGACAUUAAUCAUACACGGGACGAGCGAGACACCGGCCCACAUGAAACAUUUACUUGAAGAAGUAGACAUUUCAAGUGCUGAUACUAACAAUGAGAAUAAUAUGAAGCAUUUACUUGAAGAAGUAGACAUUUCAAAUGCUGACACUAAGAAUGAAAACAUACUUAAUAAUUUGUUAAGUGUACCAGAGAAUCGUGACCAUGAUGUAGUGGAUCCAAUGUUGCUGACAGCAGUGGAGAAACAGCUUCUGCGGAUGCAUCACAGGAAAGUGAACAGAGCUCCUGGCUUGUAAAGUGUCAUUUUACUCUUG